CUUCGAGCAAACGAAAAUUCGUUACAGUCGCGCCGUAACGCUUGUCCGUAUCAGACUUUUUUUUUUUCCCCGCGAUUUUUCGUCCCUUCGCCGGCCGCGACAAUCGCGAUAUUAAUAUCGUAAUAAUUUCUCACGGUUUUUUCAUUACCACCGUCGUUUUUACCGUGCGAAUUCGCGGGACGUUCAUUACUUUUUUUUACGGUUUUUUUUUUUCUGCCCCCGUAACAAACCAUGAACAAACACGUCCGUCUGUCGAUCGUGUGCGCGGCGUUUUUAUCGUCGGCGAAUAUUUUCGUUCGAUCCGGUAAGUGGGUAUAGCAACAGCAUAAUAAUAAUAAUAAUAAUAAUAAUAAUAAUAAUAUAGCACUGUGUUACAAUAUCGUUACAUAGCGAGUACAGCGGUGAAUACUCGCAACGAAACCGCAAUAUUAUUGCCGAUAACACUUAUCGUCGUAUCGCAUCAGACACGUGUAGAAUGCAUAGAAUUUUCAUAAUUAUUGCCAAUAACACAUUGUUUAUAUUAUGAAUACCGAUGGUCUAUAUAACGAAUAUUAUUAACUGCAGUAUUUACAACGCGUCUAUAGUACCGUAAUGUCGUUGCACGCUGUUUUUUACGACGCUAUACCGUUCUUUAUCGGUAAUAAUAUUACCGGGCGAUCCAUUUAAACGAGUACACUCGUUAUCUCGGAAAGUGUUAUUCACAUCUUUCGGAAUUCGUUUUCCAGAACAUCUAAGAAACAGUCAUCUCUACAAUUCUAUACUUAUGUUAUUUUUUGUCGCCCUUAUUUUCGGGUGUAAAACCACUACCUACUUUCCACUACCAAACGGCGACCUAUAUUUGAAAAGUCCGUAAAUAAAUGGAGUAUUAGUUAAAAUAAAUUUUGAUAUUGAAAUUGUUGAUUUCCGUCUAGCGAAUAUUCGACGUAUAUGAACCACUAUACUAUCCUUCAACUUAAAAGUGCAAUAUAUCUCGUCGACGGCUCGGCAGAAAACGAAAAUGUCAACACUAAAAUUCGUUUUAACUAAUACUCCGUUCAUUUACGGAAUUUUUAAAUCGGGUUGCCGUUCGAAAACCGAAAGUACUCAACGGCGGUGCCCAAAGGUGCUCGAUGGUUUUACCCCCGAAAAUAAGGGUGACACAAAAACAACGCGGAUACGAAAUUGUAGAGCUGCUUGUUUCUUAAACGUCAUAGAAAACGAAAGACGUCAACAAUACUUUCCGGGAUAACUUUCCGGGAUCCCGCCUAAACGGAUCACCCGGUAUAUACCCGGUAAUACCGUGUCACACCGUUCACAGGACGCCAGGUACCUGGUUUUUUUUUUUUAUCGAUUCCCCCUUCCACCCCCACCCCAACAACGAUGUUGCACAACGAAAACGUCGUUGCGUAUUAUUGCCAUACACGUAUUUCGCGCGAGUAUAGUGCCGCCUGCGUACGGGUAAACGGGUGCGUAACGGCCGUCGCGCGGUUCGGGAUUCCGCAAUACCCGUGCACGCGGACAAAAGCGCCGUACUGUAUAAUAACAUCGGUAAUAAUAAUAAUAAUAAUAUAAUUGGUAUGCGCGCGGAAUGAUUUACAACGUUAUGAGCACGUCGCGGAAACCCUCGGGGUGUUUAACAUGCGGACGACAACCGCGUCGGCGAAUUUUCGCACCGCGCGUUCCAACGGUUUUGUAAACACGUGCAGCGAGACGAUAUUGUCCCGCCGGCGUGAUUGGCGCGCACGUGGCCCGCGUCCGCGGAUUAGCGUUUCGCGUCUGAAACGAUUUUCUAAAUUAUAACACGACGGCACGCUUAGGCACGCCCGUUUCACGCGGCGCACGGCGGAAUUCUCGUGGCGCGGCGGCGACAUUUCGGCCCGUCGACCCGUAGCCGCCGACGACCGCCGGACCGCGGUCUCGUUAGAGCGUCCGAGUGACAGUAUUUGAAACAUAUACUCGUAUAGCACCCGGAAUAUAUUAUUUUUUUUUAAAUAUUUUCUAAAUUCUGAGCGGAUGAACGUGGAACGUGUGGGUUUUACAGUGAUGUUUAUCCCGCGAUUUUCCGAGAGGAAAUCUGACCGGGGUGGUAUUGUAGGAAGGUCAAUUUUUUUUUAUUAUUUUCCCCGGGGGUUUUCAUAAUAAAUGGGGAAACGACGUAGAGAAAACGGGAAAAUGUACGCAACGUAUUAUUUUCGAAUCGUAAAAUGUACGGUCUUUUAAAAAUUACGAUUAAUCGUCGCUUACAGGCGCGUACAUUUAAAACAGUAACCGACCCGUCGUGCGAAUUGUGUCCGGGUUUUUUUAACUAAGAAUUCGGAAAUUAUCUCAUGAAAAUUAUUUUAAAUAUUGUCUUAGGCGCGUUUUUAUUUGAAUUUCAAGUACUUUCGUGCAAAUACUUAAUUCGAGAAUUACAAAUCUACUUGAAUUAACUUUUUAGAUAAAUAAAAAAAAGUAUUUAAGAUGUAUUUAAAUACACGAUGAGUAUUAACAUAUUUGCGAGUAUACUUGUACGUAUAUUUUGUUCUUUAAUACUUUUUUGAAUGUAUCAGUAUACAAUUUGAAAAAUAUUUUUCACAAGACUGCUAGAUCGUUACGGUAGUUGUAAAUAAAUACAACAUUUGAUUGUAGAUUCUUGGCACAUUCAGAGGGAUGUUUCGGCUUUUCUACCUACACGAUGUGUGCGACUUUUGUUUUUUUUUUAUGUGCUACGAACAAUUUUUCCAUCACAAAUCUCGCUUUAAUAAAAAUAAUACGAGAUAAUAUUUUUGUUUUUCUCAAAAACUAAUAAAACCCGGAAAACGUUAGAAAAACAGAAAGUUUACGUUUAUGUCUUAUUAUUUCGAUUUUGUUUUCUUGUUGGGAUUCGGAUGAAAUUAGUGUGAGUGGUCUAUAAUCCCCGCAGAACACUAACAGUAGCUCUUUUUAGAUGUGGAGACAUUUUCAAAACAUCCUAGGGAUUUUUAAGCUACUCAUAAGUAAUUGAAAUCUUCGUGUUGUUCUCAGUUUUUAUUUGAUUUUUUAGUAUAUGUGGAUAAAAUUGUUUUGCCCGAGAAAAACAUUUUUGAAAUUUUACACUUGAUUCAUCUUAAGUUAUACCUAAUGGACAAAAAAAAAAUAUUGUACCUAAGUUAUGAACAUUAUAAGUUAAAAUUAUGACGAAAAUCAUGAAAAUCACGGCAUUUUCAACCAUGUUUAACUGAACUUUGCUCAGAGAUGUACUUCGUUAACAACGAUUUUUCGUCGAACACAAAUAUAAAUAAAAAAAUUAUAUACGUUUUAACUUCCCAACUUCCCGCCAACAACAGUGGCACACUCGUCAUCAAUAUCAGCUCUUUAUCCCCUUCAUAUUACCUAUCACAAUCAAUAUUGCCUGUAGGCAUACAAUGAGACAAUUUUCAGAUUUCAUAUUCUUCUGUAUAUUAUGUGUAAUAUUUAUGCAUAAAAUGGACACAUAUUCUGUCCGUUACUUAAAACGAAAAUGCAUAAUUAUUGUACGUAUACCGUGAAUAUUAAAAAAAAAAAAAAAAAUGUAUAUUAAAUUAUUAAUUUUUUUAUUAAACCUCAAUAGAACAAUAAUAAAUAAUAACCAUUAAAUAUAUAGUGCUUAAUUAAAAUUGUUAAAUCAAAUUUUAAAAGAAAAAAAAAAAUGCAAUAUUCAGAUUGUGACUUAGGUUUAAUUAAAAGUAUAAUAUUACAAAACGUAGUCGUGGUAUUGCGUAAUUGUAUAUAUGUAUAUAUCGGUUGAAAACCGUACGUUUUUAAUCAAACUGGGAAUAUUUCAUUAGUUUCAAAAUGACUGAACCGCAUACGCCUUCAAAUUAAUUCACAUAAUUGGUUUUGUUUUGUGUGUGCGACAUCGUAUGUAAAAAUAGAUUUCCGUUUGUUUCAAUUAAUUAAAAUUUGUACCGACGAACGAUACCGGGUUAGACCUCGUCGAUUCGAAAGAUCCGUUUGAAUGUAAAUUACGAAUCAUUCGUCUUUAGUAAUGAAUAAUAAUAAUUGCGGAUAGACGCGUACAAAUAUCCCACCGUUGUGCAGAAGAGUACUCUGUUACUAUACAGACUGCAAGGCUCGGAUUUUCCUCCGCCUGUUUUGUAUUAUAAAGAAAUAAAUGUAAAGCAGUAAACGACCGAGUACGCGUGUAAUAACAUAAACAGCACACGUACAAUAUAAUAUAAUAGUACAAUAGUAAAAGUAUAGUAUUUCCCGAAAAAUUUUGAAAUUCGAGCAUACAAAUUACAGGGGUGGGGUUCAAGUCAAAUCGUAUCCUGAGCUCUCAACCGUAUACAUUUAUAUAUAUUUUAUAUUAUAAGUUUCAGGGUCUAGUUUUCAUUUGUGGGGGCCCAAUCAAAUAAUACGUUUCUAAAACUUAACUAUGAUUUAAGUAUGACUAUAAGCCUGGAGGUCUAUAAUAUACAAUAAUAAUACACAUUGUGCGCGCUGUGUGUGUGUUCGACGGAACAACUAUCUCUUAAUCAAAUGUUUACCCUGGAAUUAAAAUUAUCAUUCUGGUGAAGGCUGAAAAUUCAAACCAUCAAAACACACAUCCGUGACACUUACGUCAUGUUAAAGUAUAUAUAUUUAGGUUUACAUAUAAAACAAAAACAAAAAAUCAAACCUCUAAGAGGCUCUACCAAAAAAUUUGCUGCUUGACUUGAGUAAAAUUAAUACGUUCAUAACUUAAUUAUUAAAGACCUAAAUCCAGUGGCACCGAAUACGUACUUGAGGUGGUGCAAUUGCACCACAUAAACUGGGAGUGGAUACUGGGUCUAUAUAAUUUUGAAAAACUGGCACUUAGUGGUAGCCAGUAGGUGUUAGGUAGUAGAUACCUAACUUAAUAUGAACAUGAUAAUACUUUGAUCAUUGAUGGUCAAUAAGUAAAUAGUAAUUGUUUAAACAGAGAUAGAUUAAAUAUACUACGCAAAUAAAUAGAAGACUACGGCUAUAAUAGAUACAAUUAAUAAUUGCAUUAACUUCACAAACAGUGUAAUAUAUAAAAAUUAGAACUGUUUAUUUAUACCAACGUGCCAUUGCCCAUUGUGCCUAAGUAAAUGUUUACCUUGAAAUUACAUGGAAAUAAUAUUUUCGAGGGUGUUACACGGUUGGGAUGAGUGGGUGGUUAAAACAUGAUGUUGCGCCACCUACUAAAAAGUAGUUCAGCGCCACUCCCUAAAUCGUACAUGUAAUUCAAUCCAAAAAAUUAAUUAAAAUUAAAAUCAUACCUUCUAAAGUCAACAUGAGCUCGUCCAAUGAAAUAAUUGAAAACAAUUAAUUUUCUUCGAAUACACAAAACGCGUUGCAACAUACCGAUAUAAAUGAAGUACGAUAAAAAAUUCAAUAACCCAGUAGAUCUAAUAACUGUUAUCGGUGGUGUUUUAUUUAUUAUCACCUAGUACCUGGGUACAAAUAAUCGUAUUAAUUUUCAAUUUAAACGAUUGUUAUAGGUCUUAAAUGUUCUGCUUUUGGCCAAGUAGAACUCGUAUUCCUACCACUAUGCGGCAUUUUCAUUCAAAAUUUCAUCCCCCCGAUUUCGUUUGGGUUUUGUAGCGUUUUUCAAAGCCCAACUUUUAUCACUUCGAGACACCUUCGUUUCUAAAAACGUCUAAAUUCCGACGUUGGACUCAUUCGGUUCGGAAAAGCGUUUAAAAGUGUCCGAAAUGGUAGCAAUAAUCUCGUCGAUCGUUGUCCAUUCGACAAUUCGGCGGUUUUCGGCGGAGAAAUCUAAGAGAUUUUUUCGAAUGUUCGUUUCAAAAAAUAUUUAUCUUUUUCCGAACGAACCGUUCGGUUUUUGCUUACAAGGCGAUACGCGUUUGUAAACAAUUCGAAUAUAAUAAAUAUUACGAAUCGAAUUCCGUACACACGUAUUCGCCGUGUGUUCGUAUUUAAAAUGAAAUAUGCGUUUUCCCGAUAUCGUCACGUCACGCGCAAUCGACAGCAGCUGUCGCGUACAGCGGCGAUAUCGUUAUCGAUAUCAUUAUACAUACGGCUCUCGCACGUCAUACGUACGAACGCGUACAAUAUAUUAUAAUAUUAUUAUAUUCGAUAAUGUUAUAAUAACACGAUAUUAUAGAACAGAUGUCCCGUAUAUCAACAAACAUUGUUGUGCAAACACGCGACACGCUAUCGACCCUUCGAGUGCGCGUCACCAAUAUAGUGUUUUGUUGUAAACAGACAUCUUGAGUCCGACAGAUAACAUUGUUACAAUGUUGAUAACACUCGACUGCAGUGACGGGUCCGCCGUCGAGUUAUUUUAUUUUAUUUUUUUUCUUGUUAUUUAUUUAUUUAAUUGAAAUACACACCCGAAAGCAUUCAGUACAGAAUACUUAUAACAAUACAAAUAUGAAAACGUGCAUGAAUAGUGGAAAAAACAACGUUCAGUAAGUCUUCUGUAAGUGUUCUAGGUACAUAACUAGUAAACAGUAUAAGAGUUGAAAAAAAUAGUUAAAAAGAGAAUACAUUGAUUUAUAGCGUACUUUUGAUAGGAAUGAAAAAUAUCAAAAUAAUUUUGAAAGCUAUUACAGGAGACUAAGCUAGAUCAUAUUAUAACCGCCUUGUCAAAUCGUGCGAACACAAAUAAUUCGAGUACCGUUCGGUAUACACGCGACCGGACAUGUUAAUAUAUUAUUAUUGCUAUAAAUGAUACGUAUACCUAGUGCAAUGUAUAGAUCACGAAAGAUACCUAUUGUUCGUAUAUAUUUAUUUCGCGUUUACUGACAAACUGCGAGACGUGCGCGUGUAUCGUCUCCGUCAAUUUCGGUUUUCCGUCUCGUCCCGCACUGGACAACGACUAGUUACUACUUUUUACCGAUAUCCGAUAUCCGAGUUGUUAUUGAAAACCCAAUUUUCUUCGAGAGGGCGUUAUAUUAAUAUCUACCCGCACAGUGCUGUCCCCGUCUAACAACCGUGCGACAUAUCAAAUUUUCGUUCUGUAAGCGACAACUCUCGGCUGCUAAUUUCAAUAUUAGAACGAAUUGACCUAUUAUCAAACUUAAAGAUAUUAUCUCUGUGUCGUGUCGUCAGUUAUUCCGUAAUUAAAUUUUUCAUACGAGAUAUUAUGAGUGUGCGAAAUAUCACGAUUUAAAAAUGCGUUUAUCUCACUAAAAAAUUUAAAUUAGAAAAAGACUACUGUAUUAUUAUGUUCUUAUCUUUAAAUUUGAUAAUAGAUAAAAUGUGCAAUUUUGCGAGGUUGCAAAACAGAAACAGCUCACAUGCGGGUAUAUAACGUAAUUGUAUUGUUUUUUUUUUUCAUAUUCCAGAGGCACUGAAGAUAUUUUUUUCCGAAAAUAUCGUUUUGAGGAAAACACUUAUACCCCCGGUAUCGAGUUUCAAUUUAUAUACUGGCUCACCCCUAGUUUUCAUUCUCAAUUAAACCCGUCUCGAUUUCUUUUUCGUCUGCGUUUCCCUAUACAUAGUUUAAAAGUUUUAUAAUUUUUUAUUUUUUCCUGCAGUGAUUUUUUGUAACGGAUUACCGGCUAUAUAUGAAUGAUUCAUCGGUGAAUAUUAAUUCCCCAUACUUCAUCCCUCAAUUCCUCAUACCUAACGCCGGGACCGGAAAUUCUAAAGGUUUUGUUAAAAUACUUUUUUUUUUUUUUUAAUUUUAUAUUUGAUCAAAUUACUAGCAUUAAAGCUAUCGCAGAAAUCCUCUAGAGAUUGUAUUAUAAUAAUAAAUGUGCCUAUACUUGCAUAGUAUCGAAUUCAUUGUUAUUUCGUUUCCAUUGGAAAUACGACCCGGAUUCAUAUUUGUUUGAAAUUGCAUUUGUGCCGUCUGUAACAAUUAUUAAAAAAAAAAGUUGGGAUUAUAUUUUUUACCGACGUAGUGUCGAUUAUUUUCAAAGUUUCUAAAAUUAAAAAACCUAUAGUAUUAAAUAUGUAACAGACAAAAGUCUGCAUAGAGCAGAGCCAAUAUAAAUCAAACAAUACAAAGGUUAGGAGUUUUUUUUUUUUUUUUUAAAUUCGUUUAUUCAAAUUUAUUUGCACUUUUGUUUGGAUAAUACGCAAAUUUUAUGAGGUAACAAUAAAAAGACAAGGAAAAACGUGUAGACAGGAGUUUCUUAUAAAAGUUCAAUAAUAAAAAUAACCUAUUUAUUUAAAUUAUUAUAUGUUUUGCAAUGAUGUUUUUUUUUUUUUUUACUGUAUAGAAAAUUCCUACCAGUAAUCUUGCUCCGAUUUUCUAGUGUAGCAACUUUUCUAAAAAUAAAUUUUAUCUGAGUGGUACUCUAAAAUAGUCAUUUUUUGAUUUUCCAAAGAGUUUUCAUAAUUAUUGGGAAAAAACGUAAAAAUUUGUGAAAAAAAUUUUUUAUUGUUUUCAAUUUUGUUCUUUUCUUUUCAUUCAAUUAAAAAUAUUCAACAAUAUGUAGGUCAUACUAUGGUAAAAUAAUUACGUUUUAAGCAUUAUAUAUUUUCCCGUUUUUUCUACGAUUUUUUCAUGUUUUUCCUCCAUUUUUUCCCAUUUAUUAUGAAAACUCCUGGGAAAAUCAACAAUAAUGGCAUGUUAAAAGUACCUUCCCAGUCAGAUUUGCUUUCGGAAAAAGUACUAUUUUUGUAAAUCGGAGUGAAAUUGCUGGUGAAAAAAUUGUUCACAGAUAAAAAAAAAUACACACCAUUGUAGGACCAAUACAUUCCUCUAUCCGCUCUGAAUUUAAAACAAUAAUUUCCGUUUGUACAGAAUGAAAAUAAUGCGAAAUAAUAAAAACACAAAUAAUACUGUUGUAUUAUCGGUAUGAUAAAAUAACGAACGCCUCCGGAUAUUAUACUCGCGUUUUCAUGCGCCGUCGACGCCGUUAUUAGCGCUAAAUAAUACCAUUUGUUUACCGAGCGAUCGCGGCUUUAGGUCGACGGAGAAAAACGACGAGAAUAAAAUAUAAUAAAAAAAAAAUCCAUAAAACACGCACGCCGCUAUAAUAUAAUAUCGUCUUUCACACUGGCGUGCGUUUCCAUUCGGUUAUUUUCGAAUACGGUUCAAAAAUAAUCGUUGUGUAUACUGCAGUGGGAAAAAAAAAAACUACUAAUGCGUUUCUGUGAGUAUUUGUGUGUGUGUGUGAGUGCGUGUGUGUAUUUAUGAUACGUACGCGUACAAAUUAUAGUCUUACUGUACAUAAAUAUAUUAGUAUUGCGCGCCUAUACGAAAAACCGGGUAAAAAUACACGAGUGAGCUCGUGAUAUGCAUACAGUAUUAUCGUUUUAUAUUAAUAAAAAAUAAAAAAAGUAGGUACACCGUGUAACGGUACGUUAAAAUAUUAUAUUUUUAUUUUGCGGUUUUGUUUUUUUAAUACUUUUAUUUAUUUUUUUUUUUUUUUUUUUUAUUUCAGUUGACGAAUACGAUUACUCGGAUCUGUGUUUUCGUGACGACCCAAAAAUAGACGUUUGCAUCCGCAAAAGGAUUAAUGAUGUGGUCGAACAGUACCAAAAAGGUAUACCUACUGUAACAUUACAGCGUUUAAAUAAUAAAUGGGUCAAAACCGAGAUGGUUUUAUUUUUUACCUUUUCUUCCGAUUGAAUACUGUAUUACUAUUAUUAUUAUUACUACGCAUUCGUUUUUAUCGUAAAACGCUAUAUUACUUACAUAAAACACGAACAAAUGUAUUCGUAUAUUGUUAUUAUUACACGCGAUAUGAUAACAAAUUAAAACGGAAGAAAUUUAAAAAAAAAAAAAAAAAAUGAUUUUUCGCCGCUAAGUAUUCUGCAGCAGAUAUAAUACGUUAGCUUGCAGUAUAUGCGAUACUCGUCCGUCUUUUUAUAGAUUGCCGAGUUAUUUCAUUUCACAUCAACGAAAAAUAAAUUUUACCGUACCCUAAAUAUGUAAUUUUAUAAACCAAAUAAAUUAUACUUGAAUAAUAAUAAGAAGCGCGAUAUUAUCAUUUUGUUAUGUACGACAAUGCAAUGCAAUAUACAGUUUUACUAUAAUGUUUUAUCAAUUUUUUUUAAUAUUUAUUAAAUACGUUUUAUGAUUUAUCCAUCCCCUAAACAAUUGUAAUUUUACAACUUCUGUCGGCGACAGAAAUUUAUAAAAUUAGUCAACUGAAUUAAACGAACAAAGUAAAUCGUAUGUGUGACUUAUCGAAAAAAAUACCUUAAAUUACAAACAACUAAACAAUAAUACCGAUCGCUUGUCGGAUAUUUUGUUCGCGUUUUUCAAAUAUUUAGGCGUUACACACACGAGGUGUUAUACAUUUUACGAAUUCAAAAUCCACGGAAUGAAACAAGUAUAGUCCAAGGAUCUUUGACCAAACAAUUGUAGGUACCUAUUCGUAUAGGUUACUGUGGCAUUAUAUUGUGCCCUGUCCGUUAUUUUCAAUUUCACCGUAUUAAACAACUUGUUUAUACUUUUUACAACUCUAACACAACUAAUUUUUCGGAAAUUAAUUUAAAUAGCAAAACUCUAAAUUCUCGGUAACUGCGUUGUUGACCUGUCUAGACUGUACUUACCCAAACAAACUCUCAUCAUUUUUAUUUCGUAGUUGAAGUAGUUUAAUCGAUUUUUCAUUCGAGCUGCCCCCCCCCCUUAAAUCCUAACACCGUAUAAUAAAACAUUGCCUGAUAAAAAAAAAAAACAUAAUAAUAUAAUACACAAUUCAGACGUUGUCUUUUGGCGAAAUCGACCGUAGUUUAUAAAAAUUAUACACUGCUAUUAAACUUAGGUGCUUUAUUAAAUAGUUCGUAUGGAAAAUCCACCGCAAAUGUUUAUCGAAACUAAUACAUAUAUAGCUAUCUAAAAUACUAUCUACUCUUGGAGUUUGUUUAGGAGCUAUAUUUGUAUCAUUCAAAUUUACACGUGUUUUCACAAGAGUUAAUAGUUUUUCAUUUAAACGCAUAUUCGUGUUGUUCAAAAAGAAAUUCAUGUAUAAAUUCGUUUUAUAAGCGGCCAAUAAUCCUAUUUGUCAUUAUGGACGUAUAACGUUGUUCAGCUAAAAUGUUUUUUUUUUUGUAUGAACUGAUUCCAACGUCUUAUCAGAAAAAAACCAUACACGUAACAAUCCACACGUCAGUCAACUUUAGAGUGUAACAGCGAUACUACACAACAUAUUAUAUAAUAAGAAAAGAUUUGAACCUGGCGCACUUCCCCGCGGCAAAUAAUAUUUUUCACGACUGGUGUGCCGUUAUGACGUUGACCGAUUGUUACAUACUUUCUGGAAAUCCAUUUUAAACUUUUAUUCGCAAUAUCCGCGAACCCCGGCGGGAUUUGUUUAACUUCAGUACGGUUAACAGUGUCAGUCCAAUUGACAGCCUAUCCGUGUUAGAAACAAUUAUGAAUUAUUAUUCGAUUGUCGAAAACGCCAAUAAUGUAUCAUAUUAUUUAAAAUACUCAUACAAUACCUAAAUAAAUAAAGUCUCGUGACUAAACGUUAUCGUCUAACUACAUAUAUAUAUAUAUGUUACAGACAUUGGCACCGACUUUUAGAUUUUAGCCCGGGGGCAAAUAAAAAACCUAAACAUGCUGUACAUGGUAUUUUUUUAUACACAAAAACAAAAUGACAUUUUUACAUUUCACCUCCGUUAUAACUAAAAUACGGGAGCUAUGCCCCCCUUAAAAUCAAAGUACGAAAGCGAUCGGGCCCGUUUCCCCCGUAAAGUUGGCGCCUACGGUUACAGGCUAAACCCGAUAUCGGGAUAAGCUAUAGGUUAUCUUGAAAUUUAAAUUCACAUUUCCAGAUGAACUAGCAUAACCUAGGCCAAACUGAUUGACACUGUCGAUAUUAGUGUUAUUGUAGUAUUAAAAUGUAAAAGGCGUACAAGACGUUUGUAAUUAUUAUAAUCAUUUUAAUCGUAAAAUGUAAUCUAUAUAAUGGCAAUACAAAUCGAUUAGACUGACGGGCGAACAGGUCCGCGAUAAUACUUAUGCUGCUAUAUUAUUUCUACAACAGUUAUUAUUAUAGUAAGGCAACGCGUAUCUACAAUAUUGGUCGUCACAGUGUAUGCCAUAAAUGUAAGUACCAGUGUCCAUUAUUCUAUUAUCUACAUUACUAUUUCACAAUAUCGACAGUCUCGAUCGGUUUAGCCUAGGUUAUACUACACUAUAGUUCGUCCUACUAACUCACUAACUUACUGGUAUACCGUAUGAUAUGUCAUGAUAUCGUGAUUAUUCGUAAAAUAAACGACGCGUAUUGGCCAUAUAUGUAAACGUCUUAUAACUUAAUACUAUAUACUAAUGAUAUCGACAGUCUCGACCAGUUUAACCCACAUUAAACUAGUUCGUCAUGAGAUAUGAAUUUCAAUUUCGGUAUAAACUAGUUUUAUCCUGAGACCGGGUUCGGCCCUGUAUACAUCUCGUGAAAUCCAAAUUCUUUGCGAAACAUCUCUCAUUUGUUGACAAUAUGUAUUACCCCGUAAAUGCGUACGUAUUCGUCCCCGGUAUCCGACGAAAGAUCGAUAAUUAUAUUAUAAUAAAACACGUUUGACGGUAUUCAAAGCGUUGUGUCGGCGUUAUUGCGAAAGCUGAGAUUAACGGAUUCCCCGACCGUGUUAUACAUAACAUUAUAAUAUCGCACCGUAUAAAAAGCGGAAAUAUGUAAGGAAAAUAUUGAAUUUCCAACCCGUACCCGUACCCGUGCCACAUCGGCGUUUAAACCGACGACGUCGGAAAAACGUAUCCGCGAAUUCCGCGAACGUUUUGAAUUUAUGCAUUUCCGAGAGCACCCGUUGUAUAGGUAUAAUAUUGGUAAUAUCAUAAUACGCCGUGUAUCGAAAUUAUUUCAAUGAAACUCGGAUUUCAUUUUAGAGAUUCCGGAGGCGUGAAGCGCGUUCGAAAGUUUGAACAAAUAGCGUAGGUGUUGUAACGGGCGCCGAGACGCGAAUCGAUAAACGUAAAAAAAAAAAAUAAAAUAAAACAACAAAAAAGAAACGUACAGCUGAGACGAUGAAACGCGAAAUUUCCAGGACACGCGUACUGGAACGAAACAAUAUACGGACUCCGGAAGAACGCGAACGGGCUUGAAACGCGUGUACCGAUAUCAUUGCAAACGGAGACGUUCUCUUAUUAUUAAUAAUAGCUGUUAUUGUAAAAAACUAAAAAACAAUAUAUAACAUUACAGUAUUGUAAUUUUAGAUUGUAUAAUAGAACGAUUAGGGUGCGGAUUUAAAUGCUCUAAAAAAAUAAGAAAAAUGGCUUAAAAAAAUUCGAUGUAAUGCAUUUAAAUAAAAAUAAAAGGUUAAAAAAUACUCCAAAAUUAUUUUAAACGUUGAAAAUAAACGUUUUUUUAUUAGGUAAUUUUAUAAAUUUAUUAAACACAACGGUGCAAAUAGUGCAAUACGACUACAUUACAACUCGAUAAAUAGUUUAUUGUUUACUUUGUUGCAACCGACAUCGUAUUUAUUUGGUUCACAAUCGAUAAAUCUAUAUCUAAUAAAUUUCAAAAAUAGAAAUAGAAAUUAUUUUUUUUUUAAGAGAAAAUCGAAAUAGAUGUCAUCAAAUUUUUUGAUAACACUACCGAAUCUGUAAAAAAAAAUAAAAAAAUGCCUUAAAAACUCAAAAAAAAGCACUUCUUAAAAUGUCAAAAAAUGUUUUACAAAUAAAAAGAGCUGAUUCUGGAGAUGAGUGCUACUACUGUUGUAGUUGGAUAGUGGGGAAGAUGGGAUGUAUAAGGUUAUUUAAUUUAUAUCUAUAAGCAACGAUAAACCAUUGCUGACAAAAGACGAUUCCGAGUGUAGUUCGGUAAUACAUAAUUUGAAGUGUCGUAAUUUUUUUUAACCUUACCUUCCUACGUUUAUUCCCGAUUUUUAUGAAAACUAAUACGAAAAUAAAAAAACGAACUGCAUCGUUAAACACAAGAUUAAUUCAACAAAAAAUAUAACUUGUCGUUUUUUAAUUGGAGCUACAUUUGUGCUAAAAAGCACAAGGUACUUAUUUAAAAUAACGAAAUCAUGAGAAAAUAUUUUUUUCCCAGUAAAUCCUUUUUAUUUUAAAUGCCGUUUCGAAAAUCAAAAAAUUCCCUAUGUAUUUACCAAGAAUAUAAAAUGUAAUUUUAGAAAAGGUGCUACACGUAUACAUUGGAGCGUGUUUUUUUAAGAUAAAAGUGGUCUACAAUAUAAAAAAAGUACUAUUGUAAAAAAAAUUAAAAAAUUGUCCGAUAAAUUUGAAAAUUUUACCAUGUCUAGGUAAGUUUAAUAAAAUUAUUAUUACCAAGUUUCAAGAUUCUACAUGUAAUUAUAACCGAGUUACAGCAAAAAUACUCCAUAAAGUUUUAAUUCCUUAAAAGCUCAAAAGUGGCUCAACAAUUUUGGCGAUAAUACCGUUAGAAAGUAAAAAUAAAAAAGGCAAAAAAAAAGGUAUCUUGUGAUUUUUCGAUUAAAUCAUUUUUUUUCUAGUAAAAAACGUCGUCUGUGUUUUUGUAAAAUAAUGAAACCGUGAAAUUGUACGUUUUCUUACGUUUUUUCCCACUUAGGUGCUUUUAUUUAAAAAAUGGCUUCAAAAAUCAAAAAAUUACCUUUAUAAAGUACCAUCUAGAUAACUUGAGCUUUCAUAAAAGUGUCUACACGAAAAAAUUGAAACAAAUUUACUAAGAAAAAACGUGUCCACAGACUCUAGGACAAAGAAAAAAAGAAAUAAACAUCUUAGUAAAACCCGUAGCUCCCCUCGCUAUGCUCGGAAUCUAAAAAGUUCUAAAACUGAAAAAUAAAAAUUUUAAUAUUUCGAUGUAUGAAACUAAUUUUGAGUUUAGAAAGCAUUGCUAUAAGACAUUAAAAAAAAAAAAAAAAAACACGAUUUGCGUUAUAGUUCGCGCCAUAAUAUUUAUAAUAUAAUGUAUUUUGUUCGAAUUAACGUUGUAUAUUGAAAUACCGAUUUAGGAAACGACGAGUACGGUUUACAUGGAUUCGACCCGCUGCCACUGGAAAAUCCGCUACAUUUCGAACACAAAGCCCGACUGAUCGGCGGAAAAAUGUCCGUGAAGAACAUGAUGACCGAAGGCCUGAGCACGAUCAAAGUGCUGUCGCUCAGGUAAGAUAUUUAAACCGGGCGCAAAACGCCUGCGGCCGACCGGGGCUAUGACCUCGUACGGGUCCCGUCAUCGACGAACCGUUGCGGUCGAAUUUCCCCGUGACAUUCCCCCCUUCGUCCCCACCCACUCCUCGUGACCUAUUUCGAGAGUACCUAUUUGAAUAAUUAUGCCAUAUAGGCACACGCUGCAGUUCCGCUUUUAACAUAUUUAACCGAAAGAUCCCACCACGGUUCAGUUUUUUUUUUCGAAAAAAUAUUUUUGGAGCCCGAUUCACACAAUUCAGGCGAUCCGGGUCUGGCCGCCAAACACACUAAUUAUCCGGCGUUCAGUACCAAAAUUCUCGGGGAAAAUAAUGUUUUAAAAAAAUCACGGUUAACAGUAUACAGUUAACUGAAAAAUGGAAAAUUAUUAUGUUUAAUUGAUGCGCAUAAUAAAUAUGUAUUGUUUCGAAAGUGUUUCAAUUAUAUACAAGAUCAACGAACCAAAUCCGGGAAUUAUUCGGAAAAUCGAAUGCGAUAUAACUAAAGUCCGAUACAAGCUAGGGAGAUGGCUCGGUCACGUACAACUACGUAGGGUCUGAAAUCAAUAACAAAUUAUGUCCUAAACUGGACAGCCCCGAGGGAAGUGACCGCAGUAAUAAUCCAUUAAAAGAGAGAUAGAUUUUGCAAAGGCAAGAAGGAAGUACAUUAAGUCCGAACUAGGGAGAAACAAUAUUAGCGAAGUAACUAAAGACUACAAGACUACCGGGCAAAAUAGACAAGGGUUUAUUUUCCAUCCGCGAGUUUGUGGUCAAGCCACGUCAGCUGCUUGAAGAAAAAGACAAACUUAUAUAUUAUAUAUACAUAUAUAUAUGUACAGUGUCCCACGAAGAUAUACCCUUUGUAAUAUCUCCAGAUAUAUAAAAAAUAAUCAAAUUCUGUUUAUUUUUGUAUUACUCACAGGGAUAAGGACUACACAAAUAUUUUUAUUUAAAUUAAUUCUUUGUGUUUGGUAAAAAAAAAAAAAAAAAACUAUUAUUAUUAUUAAUAAAAAUUUAAAAAAAAUAAUUGUGUAGAAUUUAUUCUUCUGGGAGUACGUAAAGUAUCAAUUUUUUAUUGUCAUUAAAUUCGUGAUUUUUAAUUAUUUUUUAAAGUUCAGAGAAAAGUAUAUGUAAUUAUGCAGCGGAUUAAGUAAGCGGUCAUUUAGUUGUACUGUUUUUGACUUUAUGUGUGAAGCCCCCUGGUAAACGACGAUCUAAUAAAAGUCCUAUAGAUACUUGACUAUUUGAGAAGCGGGAAUUUGGAUUCCAUAAAGAAUAACGUUGGGACACGGAGCCAUUAUUAUAGUGAAUGUAGUGUGAUAGGAUUUAUCUUUAUUGACUUUGAGUUUUCAGUUUGUGUACCAUUUUUCCGUGAGGUGAUUUUGUAAAUUUCUAGAAGCUAUCAGAGGGGCUGCGCGUUAACAGAAAUUAUGUAUUGCACGUGUGUCUUCCUCGAUAUUUCACAAACGUUUGACAAGGCAUGGCUACUUUUUAAGCUAAACAAAUGUGUACAUCCUUCCUUCCUGUGCAAUUAUUUAGAAAUACCUACGUAAUUAAUAUAGUCUUAUUGUAAUCUUAUCCGAAAAAUUGGUACAGUUAAUUAUUUCGAUAGUCAGAAAAAUCGCCGCUUUUAUGGGACUGCACUCGAUAAAACGUCGAGUUGAAUCGUCUCGUAUCGUAUAAAUCGCUGAAUUAUUAUUUUUACUGUUCCGUCAAUAGCGGGCAGAUACCUGUCUAUUUGACUUUUGACUUUUUUUUUUUUUUGUGUGCGCAAACACUAUAGCGAACGAACGUCCGGAUAAUUAAAAAAGUUUUUUUUUCGUCGAAUAAUAAAUUAUACGGACUAUUGUGUUAUACGUGGGUAGGUACCCCGUAGAGUGUAGAGCGAGAAAAAAAAAAUGCCCAAUAGUCUGCAGCAUAGGGUAAUUGGUGAGUAUUAUUAUCGCGUUGAAAUUAAUUAAUAAACUUCUCGGGCGUCGCACUUUUCCAAUUACCCUAUACGGUAAUAAUUAAUAUUAUUAUUACCGCGUUACGCCCGGCGCAGACUGUUGCAGUACCCACCCAUGUCACAACGCGUUCAUAAAGCAAUCGUUAUUAUUAUUAUUAUUAUUAUAAUUAUUGUUGUUGUUGUUGUUGCGUUGUUUCAUGAUGUCGCGCACGGAUAAAGAUCGAAACUUCAGAACCCGAACCGAAUGGAAAUCGGAUUCACGGCGCACUUUCGGAAUUUAAUCAGCUCCGGUCAGUAUCAGUUCAAAGGGUACUUGGGACGGAUGCCCAUAAACGCUAACGGACGAUACAACAUAACAUACAGUAAAGUCGUCGCGUAUUUACACGCCUAAUUACAAUAUCAUUAAUUCGUAUCGUAAUAACGACGGUGAUAAUAAUAACGGCAAUAAUAUGUAUGGUAGCCGGGUAUCGAAUAAUACGGGUAUAUGUGUACGUGUGUGUGUGUGUGUGUGUGUGUGUGUGUGUGUGUGUGUGUGUGUGUGUGUACGUUGGAUACGGAAAAGUUUUCGAGUGUUCCAUACGUGCAUGCGUACUGUCCAUUGUACCCGCCGUCCGCGUUAUAACAAUUUGAUAUAAUACGUGAAAACUGCGUACCGUGUAUAUUAUCGUCAUCGACCGUUUUCAAACUUUCCCGCGACGGCGUGCGGGACCAUUUUCCCGUGCGACGGGCAGACAGCGCGUUAUUACAGCGCUGUUACUGUUAUUAUUAUUAUUAUUAUUAUUAUUAUUGUUAUUAUUAUCAUUCUGCGACAAUACGCGCGCGUGUCGUAAUAUUAAUAUUACAAUUCGUCCAUUGUCUUGUCCUGUCGCGGCUUUUAUCGUGACGUUUUGCAGAGGACGUGGAGACCAGCUAUCUGCUCAAAGCCAAGCUCAAAGAAACGGUCGACGGCUCGUUCGUGCAGCUCGAAAGCUUUCGCUCGUAUCCGCCGAAAUUCGGCGAGACGAAAAUCUUCGCCAGCGACUUGGUGCCGGGAAACGCCGCGCUCAGUGAGUGUAUUUAUUUAUUAGAAUAGAAACGCCGAAGCGACAAUCACAAAAACAUAAACUCAGACCGGACUUAGAAUUUCCUAAAAAUUAACGCUGUUGAGGACUGUCUCGAAUCGCAAGACGAUCUCAGUAAUUACUCUGCCUGGGCUGGUACUCUCGGGCACUCAAUGAAUAUUAAUAAACGCCGGUAAAUGAUAUUCAUCAAAAGUCGCCCUCCUACUACUUGUUCUUACACUUUGACUCCGAUCUAAUUCCUGUUGAUUUUAGCAUUUGUGAUCUUGGCUAUACUUUUACUUCCUCUAUUUGUCCUCGUGCUCAUAUCGAUAAAAUCGCAUGCAAAGCAUUAAAGGUAUUAGGUUUCGUCAAAAGAAUAUCUAAUGAUUUUAAACUCACCCGGUCUCGUAAAUCCAUCUAUUGCGCACUAGUAUGACCUAUUCUCGAAUAUGGCUCUGUUGUUUAGGAUCCUCAAACAGCUGAUGUCUGUUUACAACCCGAACGAGUACAACGUAAAUUCUUUUGCUUCAUGAAGCAUACUUUUAAUGUUAAUUUCGCUCCUCAUUAUUAUACUCCCCUUCUCCGUCUUCUUAACUUAUCCUCCUUAACUGACCGUCGCCGUUUUCAUAAACUUAUUUUUCUUAAUAAUCCCUUAUCUGGCGCUGUUGACUCUCCUUCCCUUCUUGCUCUAAUUAACUUUAAAGUUCCUGUUAAUUACGUCCACAACUCACAUACCUUUUCUGUUCCACUUUGCCCUACUAAUUAUCUAAAAAACGAGGCAAUUAACCGUAUGAUGAAGUUAGCCAAUGAGGAUCCGUCAUUUCUUCCAUAAAAUUAUGUUACUAUAUUAUCUUAUUUUUGUUUUUUGUUCAUAUUUAUUUUUGUUAUCUUUUAAACUUGUGUCUUUAUUCCACAUUUAUAAUAUGUAUCGUAUUUUUUCAGCGUUCGCCAUAAUUAUAACCUGGGCUCACGCCCGUUUAUCUUUAAUAAAUAAAUAAAUAAAUAAAUAAAUAAUUGAUUAACUUAAUACAAACAUAGUGAAACAUUACUGAAUAUAAGAGAAUAUAACAAUAGUUGAUAGUUUAAAAAGUAAAAUUGUAUAGGGUGUAAGCAGAGGUCGAUACAGGUUCGCCAGCCUAAGCAUUCUAUGCAAUGGAUGAUUAUGGUUAUACGAAGUUGAGUGAGCUGGAAUAUAAAAAAUGAGUGUUGUUCAUGGUGUUGUGUGAGGGAACUUUAAAAGACACACUAGAUAGGUCAGGAGUAUAUAGUAAAUUGUCGAGGUGAGCGUAAAGAAACCGAAGACCCGCCUCGUUGCUGCGUGAAGACAGGGAAGGUAAAUUCAGGAUACCAAAAAUAAAUGAGUAGUCAUGAUUAGGAGAUUAAGUUUAAAAGUGACAUAUAAUAAAGAACCUGUGCUGAACGCUUUUGACUCGCAUUUAAUCCUUAGCAAGGUUAGAAUGCCAAAUAAUAUCACCAAAUUAGAUAGCUCCUAAAUAUUAUUACUUAUAUUAUGACGCACGCGAGAGUGCGUAUUUACGAUGUUUUAUUUUCGGUAGGCCGUACGAGUGGACUUUUUAUGUACAAUAAUACCAUCUAUAGCUACGAUACACAGUAUUCACAGUAUUUCGGAGUAUGUGUACCCAUUAUAUUUACACGCAUAUUAUCCGCUCGCGGAAUGACGAAAAUCGAAUUCGGUUUUAUCAAAUUAUCUAAACGAUAUUUCUGCCCGCGGUAUUAAUAUGAAAUAACGAAAAUAAAAAGCUGUCCUAGAAUAACAGAUGCAGCCACUGUUGUUAUUUGUAUCGUUUUUAACGAAAAAAAAACAAUUCUGAGUUCGUUUGAUAGUGUUACUUAAUCAACAAUAAUAUAUAUAUACCAUAUUAUAGUGAAAUAAUUACAUAUGCGUUAUACAUUUUCUUUAAAAAAUAUUUGUAUAAUAUUAUACCUAUUUUACCCGUUUUUGCCAUUUAUUAGGAAAACUAUUGGGAAAAUCAAAAAUACACCUCCUUGAAGUACCUCCCCCCAGUCAGAUUCACUUUGAGAAAAAGUGCUACACUUGUUAACCGGAGCAGGAUUUUUGGUAGAAAAUUUGCUCACGGAUAAGAAAAAUAAAAUAAAAAAAUUAACAUCAUUGUAAAACCAAUACAUUUCUCGCUUCGCUCAGAAUCUAAACUACUGUAAUAUAAAACGUAACAUAUUCGGUGGUGCAUGUGUGAAGAAAAGGUAGGGGUUGUAUUCCCCCCAUCGGCUUAAAAAUACAAUUACUGCGAGUGUUUGUCAAUUUUAUGCCAAAAUGUUUUUAGAACAUUAGGUAUAGUGUAAGUUGUAAGCGUGACAGAAGAAAAUUCUUUGGAGUAUUCACGUUUAAUAUUCUACUAGUAAGUAAUAUUGUCUUUAAUUUUAGAAAUGUUUUGAUUUUAAGCUUAAGUACAUGCAAAUCGUGGAGAAAUACAACUUAUAGCAUUACAUUAUCGGUUUGCUGUAAAAUGACAAAUUUCAAUUCCCUCAAACAACGGAACAAUUAUUAUUCUGUGGCGCUCGGGCAAAUGAUCUUAAGUCUAAAAUCAAUACAUUUUUUAUUAAUUAAAUAAAUUUCCUAUAAAAAAGUUUUCAGACUCCAGACAUUUUUUCUCGAGUACCACUGAAUUAUUCUUUUUCAUUAUGCCAUUGAAUAUUUUAUUACGACUGCACGAACUGCAGUACCUAUGUCUACACUAUUAUUGCCUCAAUCCUUUUGAUUUUAAAAAGGUGGAAAAUUGAUUGAAAAUCUGAAAUUUUAUAUACUCUUAAAAAAUAUAUAUUAUUGUAAUGGCAUGUAUUCGUAAAAAAUAAAGAAAAUAAUAAUUUUAGAACCCGCUAAGAGUAUAGCGAAGAAUGUAUUGGUUUUACAAAGGUAUUUAUUUAUUUAUUUUUUUAUGUAAACACUUUUUUUAUUAGAAAGCUUACUAUGAUAUAUAUGAUGCACUCUUUUCUGAAAAGAAAUUUUUUUGUGAUGGUACUUUAUGGGAGUUAUUUUUCGAUUUUCUCAAGAGUCGUCUCAGUAAAUGUGAAAAACCGGAAAAAAACAUGGGAAAACCGAGAAAAACGUAGGAAAAACGGGAAAAUCGGUAAAAUAUUAAACAACUAUUAAUAAAGAAAAUAUAUGCUGCCUAUUUAAUUAUUUUACCAUAGUAUGACAUAUCAUAUAUUAUUGACAAUUCAUCACUAUGCAUCACAACUCCGCUCAGAAUCGUUUUAUCGUUAGCAAUAAUUUAUCGUUACUUACUAAUGUACAUUGAAUUCCCUUCUGUAUCCUACCUUCUCAAUUUUCCACCUACAACAGUAAUUGCACCCGUCCCAAUUAUCCUAGGAUAGCUUUUUACAAAUAAAACUCAGUCUUUAAAGUAUUACUGUCAUGCGCUAUGUCGUUCCUUUUUUCUCGUGCACCUGCUCUUUCCAAACAAAUUCCAUCGACGAUAUUGUAUUUAGUUGUAGAAUUAUCAAAGUUUAUUUCCAGAAGACUUCGAAUGUGGAGAAAAAAAAAACACGGGCCAUUAAUUAAUCCAUUUUUUGUUGUACCGCUUGUACGGCAAACGCCUCAAAUUAAUAAUACAAAUAAACAACCAACAGGUAUACGUGUUUCGUAACGAUUAUUAUUAUUUAUUAGCGUUUGUAUAUUAACAUUACACUUUAAUUUGUAGUUUUUCACUUUUAUUUGGUUUAUAAUACAAUAGUAUACAUAUUAGUCGUAUUAUAGUUUAUAAUAUUUGCGAGCGGGUCGGAUACAUACUAUUAUUGUGUACAAAAUUUCUCGACUGAAAAACAACUAUAUACCAUAGGUACCCCCCACACUAAUAUAACAGAAAAUUUAUCGGAACACAAACUCACAUAACGUCAGACGAAAACCGUAAACGAAAUCUCUUAUGAGCGAACGUUUAAAUAUAUACUUUAAAUUUAGAGUGAGAAAUGUAUUGGUUUACAAUGAUAUUUAUUUUUCAGACCCUGAGUGAAACGAAGAAGCUUAUGGUUAUGCUUAUGGUUUAACAAAGAUUUGUAUACAUGUAUUUUUGGUUUUUACAUCUAUGCGCAACUUUUCUACCAGAAAUCUUUCUCCGAUUUUUAUAUGUAGCAAAUUUCUAAAAGGAAAUCGGACUGGGCAGGUACUUUCGGAAAGUCAUUUUUUGAUUUUCUCAGGAGUUUUUUCAUCAAAUAUGAAAAACCGAAAAAAAAACUGGGAAAAUAUAUGAAAUGUAGGUAUUGGUUAAAAAUAUUACGGCCUUCAUUUUUCCUGUGAACAACUUUUUUUACCGGCAAUUUUGCUUCAAUUUACAAUGAUAGCACAAUGAUUGAUAAAGCAAGACUAUUCACCGAAUUCCACUUAGAAUCGUUUUACGUUAGCAAUGUUUAAUCGUUGCGUACAAAUAUACAUUAAAUUUCUCCUCUACCUUCCCAACUUCUCACCUACAACAGUAGGCUCACCCAUCGUGCCAAGUAGGUCCGUAUCUUUUUAAAUACGUUAAACUGAAAUCUUUUGAAAUAAUAAAUAAUAUUACAAAUAAAUCGUUAGGUACAAAACGUGACUCUGACUUCCUGUAUAUAUGAAUAAUCAUCACUAUUUUAGAAGAAUAUUUUUUAUAAUAGCGAAAAGUCAAACACCAAAAAAGUUAUUUUAAUCAAUAUUAUGUUAAACAGCGAAAAUGAAAACUUGUUUCAUUUGAUAUUUUUAUUUAUUGAAUUUACGUCUGGUACAUAGGCUCAAGUACAGAUACAUAAUAAGUAUUCAACAUAAAUCCGAUAACAAGUGAUAGGAAUAAUGUAUAAAAUAAAAUAUUAAUAUUUUUGCCACCUAGCUAAAUGUUGAUUUGAAAUACAAUUUUCACGGUGUACGCCAGAAAAUACAAAAUAUGAAACAAUUUUUAUAAUAAUAGCGUAACAGGAGUCGGAUAAGUUUUUCUGUCUACAAUAGCUAUAUAUAGAGUUAUAAUUAUGAAUGGAGAGUAUAGGCGUGAAAUUCGAUAUCGUAAACAUAUUGAGGAUAUCGGAGUAUCGAAUACCGGCCACCGGGUAAUAUUUUCAGAGAACAAUGUCUACACAAUGUCGCUGGACAGUAUGAAAAACACCAGAGCUCCGUCACUAAGUCCAAUAUUUUCUCCCGUCUAUUUCGCGGUCUCAGAAAUGUUUUGUGCAAAACAAUAUAAACAACCAAAUAUGUACUUUAAAAUUAAAUACGAAAAUGGUUACAUUUGCUUAUGAAAAUUAUAGAGGGGUAGGGGAAUUGAAAUUUGAAUUCCCUAAAAGACACAUCCUUGAUAAUAACGCCACUCGUACACAUAGUUUCGUCGCCCUGGGUUAAUUUGAGGAGUCUGUAGGGGUGAACAAAGCUAAAAAAUAUCUUUCAUCAGCAACAAUAUGGUUUAGUUCAUAUUGUUCAUAUACCAUUCCGAAUUGUAUCAGUUUAUUAAAAAAAGUUUUAAACGAGUCGGUUGUAUUCAAUGUGACGGGCAACUGCAAGACCUCAGAGCUAUACUGAACAUUAUUACCGUGGACUAGAAACAAAAAACCACACGAAUUCCGCCUCUUCUGUUUUGUUUUUUUUUUUUUAUCAUCAUACGUUGUUUUUUUUCACUCGCUCUUCUUUUUCUUUUUUUUUUCUAUCUCUUCUCUUCUAGUUUAUUCUAGCUUUUUUUUUUUUUUGACCGAAACUUUAUGAACGUUAUGCGAUAUUAAUCCCAAACUGUCGACGGUCGACGUCAUAUUAAAAUAUCUGACCAUCUUCAUCAGCGGUAACUUAAUAUAGAUAUAUGUAUAUUACUGUAACUACAGUAAUGUAUAAAAAUAAUAUAUUCUAGUGAUGGUUUUACUAAACGAGCGCGAGAAAUUAAUUCAAUAUUUCAUAAACAAAUUUAUAUUAUGAUUCGGUUAUUUUUUUAACGUCGUAUCAAAUAAAAAAUUAACAUAAUAUUGUAUUAUUAUAAUAUACCAGUAAAAGGCUAAAAUUUUAGUGCAGUAAAAAAAAACUUUAAAUUGUGUUAUUAUUAUAUAUAUAUAUAUAACUAAAAACAUGAAAAAAUAAAGUAAAAAGCCAAACAUACUUUGCACGAUGAGUAGGCCACUGUUGUAUGUGAGAAGUUGAGAAGGUAUGAGGGAAAUUUAAUUUAUAUCUGUAUGCAACAAUUAACCAUCACUAACAAAAAACAAUUCCGAGCGAAGUUUCUUUUAUGCAUGCACGUAAAUUUUCCCGGUUUUUUAAAUUUUUUACCAGUUAUUAUGAAAACCACGUGAAAAAUCAAAAAAAUUACCUUCUUAAAGUACCACCCAGAUAAUAUUUCCUUUCAGAAAAGGUACUAUACUUGAAAGUCGUAGCAAGAUUUCAAGUAGAAAAGUUGUUCACGGAUAAAAAAAAAAUUUUAAAAUUGAUGUCAUUGUAAAAACAAUACAUACACUCCGAAUAUAAAAUAACCAAAUAUGUUUCAAAAUAUACAGUUAUUUGUACGAUACAAAUUGGGCAGUAUAAAAAAAUAUAAUUGUAAAACAUAUAAAAGAUAAAAUAUUAAACAAAAUAUUUGAAACCAAUGUUAAGAUACGUUGGUAUUUCCUGUCGUCUCCUAUAUAAUAUAUUGUACACAAAUAGAUAUAUACCGACGAGAUUAAUCAACUAUCAAUAUAAAAUACAAAAAAUUAAAAAAAAGAACAAACCAAUUAUAUAAUUGAUUAAAACACGUCAAAGAACGAUCUUUAGUUAAUAAUAUAAUGUAGAUAAUAACUUAUACAAAAUAUAAGCCAAUAAAGUUUGGCAUUCUAGGAAAAUUUCGGCUAUUUUCAAUGAUAUUUAAAUGUGCCUUGUAAAACAAUAGAUAGAAAAAAAAAAAUUAAAAAAAAAUAGUGAUGCAUCUAAAUAUACAUUCGAGUAUGUAAUAUAGUUAUACGCGUUGGCAUAAAUCUAUUUGUACAUUUACGUACUGUUCAUGAAAUAAAAUUCAACUAGACAAUUUUUCACCCGGUAAAUACAACAUUAAAGUAAAUAAAUAAAACAAAACCAAACUCUGUUAGGCCGUUAUUUUAAAUAUUUUUCUAUAAAAAGCGCAAUUGGAAAAUUGUUCUUCUAACAAACGUUCCAGCUUGAAUUUGAAACAACGGAAUUAUUAUUUCAAACCGAAGGUAUUUAAACAGUUUUUCCCUCCCCGAGAUUAUCGAACAGAACAUAAACUUUUUCGACAUUUGACAUUUUGAUAUAUUUACCCCGUCUGAUUAUUUUAUGCUACAAUCAUGAAUAUUUCAUGGGUAACUGUUUUUUUAUGCCGGGAGCGUAUUUUAGGGGAUCAAUGUGAACGACGUUCCCGGAUUUGUAUUUUAUAAACCAAUUUAACAUAAAGUACCUAUAUCACGAAACACAUAAUAUGUUUAAAAUUGUAUAAUUUUCAACAACGAAUUUUCAUUUUACUAAAAAUAUAACCAACUAUCAAAAUACAGAUGUGACGUAACGUGUGUUAAGAACAUCAACCGCUGAUAAAAUUUUAAAAUAUCGAUUGUAUGAAACUGGAUUUUUAUUAUAAAGCAUCUUUUAUUUUUCUGUUUUUUUUUUUUUUUUUUUUAAUUGAAUGGUUUAAAUUAUGUUAAUUGUGUUUACAAUUGCUAUAGUUGAUUAUUAAACAAAUAAUUAAUAUUGAAAACGGUAAAAUGAACUUCAGAUUGUUUAAGAAAAUAAUUACUUUACAUAAUAUAUUAUAAUUUGUGAUGAAAGGCGUAGUUUUUGUUAUUUGUAUAUAAUUUACGGGGUUCAAUCCUUUCAGAAACAGAAAUUUAUAAAAUAAAUUCAAUUUAAAGUGUCUUUUCAUUUCAACCCUUAUCGCUACGUUGCUCGCUGUUUCUCGGUAAUUUCUCUUUUAAAAAGGGUGCUUUCUUGUCUGUGACAAUCCAAUUAAAUAGUAAUAACUGUUUUUUUUUUCAUCUGGGUCACCAAAAUAACCAAAUCAACAAAAAAUUCUAUUUUCUCUACAAAAAAUAAAAAAUACCUUUGUCAGCAUUACCCUUUUAUAAUUGAAUUUCGAGAUAAAACUCUAACUUUCCUCUUGUUUUGUUUAUAAAGUGUGUGCACACAUUUUCUUCAAAAUCGGAACGAAACUGUAUAUUAAAUUUAUACAGCCGAUAGGCAUAGAGACAAACGGACAAACUAAAUUUAAAUUUAAUUUCUUUAUAAGUAAGAAUGGCUUAAGUGAAUUUUACAUAGUUUUCAAUACAAGUAGAUGAAAUUUUAAAAAUACAUACACGUAUGCAAUUUACACCAAAAAAUAAUGGCAAUAAAAUCACAUUUUCAAACAUUUGGACAAUUUUGGACAAAAUUCACUAAAUCCUUUCUACUCCGGAACCAAAAUUAUAUACGAUAGAUUUGAAUCGAUUUCUACGUCAGUCGACCGAUUAAAUCGGGUCAAUCGACCAAAAUAAUUAGAUUGGUCAAAAACCCAACCCUACACAUAUCUUAACAUAAAAAGCAUUAAGUUGUAUGAUAGUUUGAUAAAAAUACAAUUAUUCGUGUUUGAUUUUAUAGUAUAUUGUAUACAAAAUUAUUUCACAUCAACAAAAUUUGUUAUUCAAUAGCAACUGCUUUAUCACCUUUUUGUUUUACAAAUAUUUUAUAAGCAUGACAUUUUUCAAUAAACAAGUUGGAAAUCCCACUUUGCGUGCUAAAUAUAUUUUAAGCAAAAUACACGAUUUUAAAAUACUUUGGCAACCUAGUUUAUUAAAUAUAUGGCAUCUCAAUAUGUAAAAAUCGACAGGACAUUUUUAUAAUUAUUGAAGUCUUUUUAUUUUCAUACCUAUUUUUCGAUAUCAGCUAGAGUAAUUUUAUAUUUGACACUCAAAAUUUAAAUUAGUAAUGUCACGAAUAAUAUCUAUCCCUUGCAUGUUCUACCUGAUCAACAAUCGUAACUACGUAAUGUAUUAAUAUAUGACGGUGUUUUGUGAAAAUUCAAAAGAAAUUUGUCUACUUAAUAGAGGGCGCCCCACGAACAUCUGAUCGUUACGAUAUCUCGGAAAUUAUUAACUUUUUCGGAAUAUUUUUGUUUUCGUCAAUUUAAAAAACAAACAUGUAGCUCUAAAAUGUUAUAAAAGUAUAUACUUAUUUACGGUAUAUAAAGUAAGGGUAAAAAUUUAAAAUAAUUAUUAACUGAUUCCAUAAUGAUUAAAAAAAAAAAAAAAAAAAAAAAAAAAAAAAAACANUAUAAAUCAAAAAGGCAACAAAAACGGUAUCUUGUAAUUUUUCGAUUAAAUCAUUUUUUCUGGUAGAAAACGUCGUCCGUGUUUUUAUAAAAUAAUGAAAUCGUGAAACUGUACGUUUUCCUGCGUUUUUUCCCGCCUAAGUACUUUUAUUUAAAAAACGGCGUCGAAAAUCGAAAAAAUAAAAAUUUCAGAAAAGUUGGUACACGUGAAAAUCGGAGCAAGUUUACUAGGAAAAAAACGUGUCCACGGACUAGAAGAAAAAAAAAAGAAACAAGAUAGCUGCCUCGCUACGCUCGGAAUCUAAAAAAAAAAAAAAAAAAAAAAACAGAAAUCAAAUUCACUUAAAAUCCUCCGAGAAAAUUGAUGGUUUAUGAUAAAAAAAAAAAAAAAAUCACCCUGUAUAUAUAAGUAACAAAUGAGUACCUACAGGUACAUUAUUAUGAGUACAUUAAUUUUACACAUUAAAAUAUCUAACUACAUAAACCAUACGAUUUCCGAGUAAAUAUGAAAUUGUUGAAUGUUCGUUAAAUAAAGGCGAUUCUAUAACUAUGGUUUACAAUCGAUUAAUACGCACGCCCCGUUGAAUCGUCGGACUACCUUUACUACACACGAAAACGUAGUUUCGAAAAAGUCAAUUACUUAAAACGUGCCAUUCGCCACACACUGAACCAUUCAGUUUCCAAAAAUGUUAGCAUCGUUUUGUUUCAAACGAGUACGGGUCGGUUUUUGAAAAAUGAUCGCUACACGUUCCAAAAAUUCUUCUUUCGAUUCUCGGUAACGCGGUACCGAUUCUUCUUUUGUUGACGUGAAAAAAUUAAGGACUGGCUUUCACAUAUUAUAAUACUCGCGUGUAUGGGACAAAUUAUUUUUUAAUAUUUCGCAAAUAUUCAAUACUAUAUUUAAACCUAAAAUCGUGUUCGACAGAUGUUUUCCUAGCGGUCUCUUCUGAAUCGUCAUCAAUGUUCUCACGUUUCAACGUAUCAUUAAUCAGCGUUGCACUGGUACCAUAGUAAUAAGGCGUCCUUUAAUAAUAACUGCUUCAGACGUUUAAAAAAAGAAACAAAUUAUCGGUUUUUAAAGGACCGACAGAACCGAUAAGAACUAAUCAUAACCGAAACCGGUCCGUCUCUAAUUAUAAAUGAUGUGACACUAUGAAGUAGUACCGAUGACGCAGUAAUUAGGUAGGCACAUAAAUAUUCAGUGAAGUGCUUUUUAAUCAUUUAGAUUUUGAGUGGUGCGAGGCAUAUGUAUUGGUUUUACAAUGACGUUUUUUCUUUCUUUUUUUUUUUCGACAAAUUUUCUACCAGCAAUCUUCCUCCGAUUUACAAUGUUAGCACUUUUUCAAAAUAUAAUAAAUAAAUAUAUAAAUAAAAAAAUUAUGUAUAGAAAUAAAAAAUAAAAAUAAAUUAAUUAAAUAAUGCGUCGCCUGGAAUAUUAUGGUAAGUGUAUUAUACGACCGGUUUCGAAUUAAAAAUUCAUCAUCAGGUGUAUCACAAUCACGUUUUACAUUUAUUUACGAGUAUUAACUAUUUUCUGACCGUGGAGAUAUUUUAAGAAGGUAUUUUUUUUAUUUUCCCGGGAGUUUUCCUAAUAAUGGAGAAAAGCCUGGGAAAUAAGUCGGGAAGACGGGAAAAAAGAUACAUUAUUAAACAAAUAUUAUUAAAGAAGAUGUUUAAUGCACACCUAUGUAAUUAAUUUACCAUAAUAUGGCAUAUAUAUUGUUGACAAAGCAAGACUAUCAACUGAACUCCACUCAGAAUCGUUUUUCGCCAUCAAUGGUUAGCCGUUACUUACAGAUAUACAUUAAAUUUCCGUACAUAUGCUUCCCAACUUCCCAACUACAACAAUGACUGCACUCGUCCCCAUUAUCCUAGGACAAAUUUUUUUUCUUUUAUGAAUUUUAGAUUUCUAAGCAUAAGUUAAGAUACCUUAUACGUCUGUUGUGUUCGUCCGUCCAUAAUUAACACAUAAUGGUUACGGCUGUUGGUUCGGUUGACAAGGAUAUAUUAUAUUAUACCAUUCGUAAUAUUGUUAUCAUUAUUACAGCUUUAAAUAUGAAUUCUUUGUGUUAUUAUCAUUGUUUAUUUAAAUAUGAGUGUUAAAUAUAUAUAUAUGUUUAUAUUUAUACUAUCCAAAGUUUUUUAAAAAAAAAAACAUCAGCACACAUCAUAGUAAAACCAAAUUAUAAAGUAAUAAUAUUAUAUAAGUAGUACUUAUUUUUUUUUAAAUGUUCUGUGUUCUGUCAACUAUUUACAAAUCAAGAUUUUCAAUUUAUUCAGGUAUUUUCAACAUAAAUAUACUAUAGGUUACCAAAGUUUUUCAAAAUUGUAUAUACUCAAGGCCUAAAAUACAUCCGAUUUCAGGAGACACACUUUUUAAUUAGAUUAUUGGAUAGAGUUGAUAGAUUUCCAUAGCCAAAAUAAAAACCUGUGGGAUGGGGGGGGGAGCGUAGUUCUUUAUACAUCACUUACCUUACACAUAUAAUAUUAUAUAUAAAAAGGACGACUAAAAAUUAUGGAAGCAAAAUAAAUAUAAGUAAAAGUUUAAAAAAGACGGACGUACUUCGCACGAUGGGUGGGCCGCUGUUGUGGGUGAGAGAUUAGAAACGUAGAAUUUAGAGGGGGAAAUUAUUUUAAUUUAUAUCUAUACGCAACGAUGAAUAUUAGCUAACGAAAAACGAUUCUGAACGGAGUUCGGUUGUGCAUGUUUAAAAGGCCGUAAUAUUUACAAUUCUCGUCAAAAUUUGAUAUUAAAAUUCUUAUAAAAAAAAAAAUAUAUUACAUUAAACUCAACUUUUUCUUAUUAGCCACUAAUUACAACUUAUAAUUAACUUCCUGUUAAGUCAUCAAGCAUUUCUAUUUUGUCUAAAAAUUGUAUCCACAGAGAACUACCGAAUAAAUAUUACGUAAAAACUCGCAAAAUUAAAAUGUCUAAUAGCUUACAAAUUACUCAAAUGUUUUGAAGAUUUGAUCACGUCAAGAAAAAGGCAAAUAUAAAGAUUCUACCAAAUAUAACAAAAUUUAAAAUAAUAAAAGCAUUAUUUUCGUAUAUUUUUCCGUUUUUUUUCCCCAUUUAUUGGGAAAACUCCUGGUAAAAUCAAAAAAUGAUCGCCCCAAAGUACCAUCCCAGGAUAAUUCUCUUUCAGAUAAAGUCCUAUAUUUGAUACUUCAGAGCAAUAUUUCUGGUAGAAUUAUUGUACACAAUAUAAAAAAAAUAAAAUAAUAAACAUCUUUGUAAAACCAAUACAUUCCUCGCUACGUUCUAGAAUCUAAAAUGGCACUAAUAUGAAACAAUUUAAAAUAUUUAGCAUAUGUUGUUGGUUAAAGUGAGCUCAUUAGUUGAUUGUUUUUUAUCAACUUUACUGUUAUGUCUACAAUUAAAACUAAUAUAAAUGUCAUAAAAAUUGGUACACACAUUUUUAAUUCAAGGGACACAUUAUUUUACUCCCUGCAUCAACAAUAAUUUAUUGUUUAAAAUACGUUUAGAAACCGGAAACUUCGGUCGCUCAUAGAGUGUGCUUUUCUUAUAUUAUUUAUUUAAUAUCUCUGUAAUCGAUUUCGUUCAAAUAAAAUAUAGGCUUAAAAUUAUUAUUAUUAUUAUUUUUUUUUUUUUUUUUUUUUUUUUUUUAUAUAGAAUUUAUUGACUCUCAAGUUUGCCAUCAUAUAAACGAUAUAAAGCUUUGAACGAGUACCGUCCAUUUUAUUAUUACUUUUUGUCCCCGAUGGCGUCUAUAGUAUAAUACAUCAAUGACACUAUCAAAAAGGAUAUUAUGUCCGAAAUAAUAAUACUGAACAUAAAGCGACCGAGGAAGUUUAAUAUUAAAUUGAAUUUCCUUUGAUGAGUUUAACAGAGAAACGUAUAUUUAACCGUCAGGUUUCAUGGACUUCAGGCGCAAGUCAGAUACACCUAUGCAUAGGGUCUAGAAAGUUUCGAGAUCCUAAAAGUAUAAUAUCCUUAUUCCUCUAAUAUAAUAAUCACAAAACUACGACACAGAAACAUGACAUUAAUAUUAAACUUUUUGAAAAUUAUAAUGAAAAUAACAAGAAGUGCAUAUUAUAAAAUAUAGGUAGAAUUAUUUUUCGCUUUAAUACCGAUAUUUAUAGUUACCUACAGUAAUAUUAUACAAAAAUCCACGAUUCUAAAAUUGUAAUACGAUUACAUAUAAUAACGACUUUUGUUUCUGUUAAUUGGGUAUUAGAAUAAUGUCGAUUUAAAAUUUUAAAAAAAAUUAGCGACUCGCAAAAAACCGCAAUAAUAAAUAAAUGUAUAAAAGGCAGUACAACUUUUUCCCAUUCCCGUCGGUCGUAACACAAACUCACAAGAAAUUGUGCACACGUAUUCCUCGAGACUCGGGGAAGUUUUGUAAUUUCGUUUUUUCACCCGUAAAGGUUUCUAUGGGAUGGCUCCCAUAUGAAUUGCGCUUCGGCUCAUGAAAAUCGAACUUUUUUUUGUAUAUUGUAUAGGGCAGCGGUCCUUAAACUUUUAGUGCGCGCGGACCCCCGACGAAAGACUUUUAGAAAUCGCGGACCCCCUACCAAUAGCUUUACAAAAUUAUCGUAUUUUAUUAUAAUCAAUAUUUGCCGAUAGAGCCGCCGUGGACCCCCAAGGGCCCCCCGAGGACCACAGUUCGAGAACCGCCGGUAUAGGGUACGGAUACGGAUAAUAAAAUAGUUACGGAAAGAUAUUGAGCACGGACAAAGGUAAACGAAACAGCUAUUCACGGUUAAUACAGGUGAACUGCAGUGAUACUGUCGGGGACGGAAACGGAUAAUCGCGGGAAAACACGUAUUUAUUUGUUUACGUUUUUUUAUCGUUAAAUACUGACAUGGACAGUUAAUUCAUACUGAUUUUUAAUGGUUCACAGCGAAAAGUGUUUUUUUUUUUUUUUUUUGCAUAUGGCGUAUUGUACUAGACUCCAAGGGCGAAAUUAAUACACCACAUUGUUUUGAUGAACAAUAUACUCGUGGACCAAACGAUAUCGAAUUUACCGUCAGUUAAAAACUAUUAUGGUUUCAUUACCGUGUUUUAUUAUAGAACUACGCGCGCCAAUUAAACUGUACGACGACAUGUGAAUCGCAUAUAAUUUCGCAGUGUAACUAGGGCUGGCAUAAUAGUACUCUUGCCGAAUAGUUUUAAAGUUUAAACGCGCAGAAUUAGAAUGCGAAUUAAAAAGUCGAAUCGAAUAAUAUUAUUAGUAGGCCUGUCGGAACAAAAAAAAAAAAAAAAACGAAACGGAAACGUCCUAUAAAUAAUACGACGGUUUUGGCGGUGUAUAUAUUGACGGCAGAUACUUACAGUUGUGCGUUUUCGUGAAUCAGUUACCGCGCAUUCGGUCUUGGCGGGGCGCGAUCGAAAAUCAUUUUUUGGAAUUUUCCGGUUCGUUAGACGGGUGGAUGGUGUACGGUAUGGGCGACGGUUGGCGGUCGAAUAUUUUCGUUGCUAUAAUGACGGCCGAUACGGUAUUGUUUUUGAUCGUUUUGUUCGCAGGCCGAGUGGCGUUGAGAUUCCUUAACCAGUACGGCAUACAAAUAACCGAAGAACUGUAUCCGGCCAUCGGGCCCGUACUCGACGACAUCCAAAGGGACAUGUGCAACAAGAUGUUGACGUUGUAUCCGUACGACGUUUUACUUCCGCCCACCAGAGUGAAGUAACAACUGCGGCGCCGGGGAUCCUGCGAUUUUACUUACCCAGCAAAUAGUACUAUACGACAUACGAAAUACGCUUACGAUAUUAUAUACGUGUGCUGUUUUGAUUAAACUGUACUUACGAUUAAAAACAUACAGAGUCACUUGAUAAAAAAAAAUAAAUAAAUAAAUAAAUAAAUAAAACCUGUAUUAUUUUAUUUGACAAUAUUGAAAUCCAUUAUUGAUAUUACCUCGCACAGUACAUAGUAAUAAUAUUAUGUUUCGUAUUGUGUGCGAAAUACGACUAUUCAAAACGAACAAGACUAGUACCAACGGUGGACCUUGACAAAUUCCGAGGGGGGGGGGGGAAGGGAGUGAAAUAUUUUCACAUAAAAUACAAUUAUUAAAA